AACAUCAAUGGCGCAUGAAUCAGAAUCAGUGUCACUUCUUCCUCCAGAAAUAAUAUCUGAAAUACUGGUAAGGCUACCCGUGAAAUCCUUGUUGAUGAUGAGGUGCGUUUCUAAAUCUUGGCUUUCUCUAAUCUCAACUCGUCAAUUCAUCAAAACCCAUUUAGAAUUUUCAACCAACAAACAAGAUUUUGCUCACGACAUCCUUCUUAGUAGCUCUUCUUUUGAGCAUACCCUAAGAUUUUACACUUGCUCUCUUUAUGCAAUUAUGUAUCAAGAAUCUCCACAUGUACCUGAUGACCUUGAUUUUCCUUGCAAAGACCCACUUGUUAAUUAUAACUUUGUGGGUUCAUGUGAGGGGUUGCUCUGUAUUUCUGGUGGUGCUCAUGAUCUAUUUCUAUGGAAUCCGUCUAUAAGAAAGUCGAAGAAACUGCCAAUUUCAGGAAGUAAUGUGCAUUGUAGUUCGUAUUUGGCUUAUGGUAUUGGUUAUAAUGAGUGUCAAGAUGAUUACAAAGUUGUAGAAGUUAUGGGAAGUUCGCAUAGUGAGUAUGGAUUUCAGAAUGAGUUUAGGGUUUAUAGUCUAAGAACUAAUUCUUGGAAAAUGAUUCAAGAGUACCCCGGUGUUAUAUUUUGCAACGAUCCUGCUAAAUUUGUGAAUGGAAGACUUCAUUGGAUUGCUACUCGUGUUAGUGAUAAGAAUGACUCAUGGUUUAUCUCUUCAUUAAACCUCGUCGAUGAGAGAUAUGAAAAUGUAGCAUUGCCUGAUCUUGUUUAUGGUAAUUUUGAUUGGGAAUUAGGGAUUUUAGGUGGUAAUCUAUGUGUAUUUUGUGACUAUUAUAAGGUUCGGAUGGAUGUGUGGGUAAUGAAGGCAUAUGGACUUGUGGAGUCGUGGACUAAGGUGGCUUCAAUCCCUUAUUUUACAGCUAUUGAGCACUCGCCUUUUCCAGUUUUCAUCUCUCAUAAUGAUGAAAUUUUACUGCAACACCGUUCAAGUUUAUUGAUAUAUAAUUCAACACACAAUACUUUCAAGCAUCCUCAGGUUCAGAUCCAUCAUGGUUAUAAAAUUCAAUUUAGUUUGUACACGAAAAGUCUUGUUUCGCCACAUUUUGUUGAGGAAGUUUGAAAAGCUAUGGAUAGAUGAAUGACUGAUGGAAAUUUGUGCUAUGGU